GAGCUGUGAGAUCUUCUCAAUACGUAUAUAGGUGGGUACCUUCCAAGUCUUGAAGCCUUUUUCCAUCUCGCCUGCCUCUUUCCAACCGGCAUCUCACCGCAAUCCAUUGCAAUCACUGGUCUCUUUAUCAUCUCCGAGACUCGGCUGACCUAAUUCACUUGUCGCUUUGCAGCGCCGAUAACCUUAGACAGCCCUAUCAUCCCAUCCCGCAUCUGGCCCUCGACAGCUGCGUAUUACUUCAACCCAUCACUCACCUGUCACCUCGACACAACAUCAACAACACACACGACAAUCUCACACAGCUACGUCAAUGAGCUUGACACCAGCCCACGGCACCGAGAAGCCUGCAGCCGAAGGCAAUGGCGAUGCUUCAACCAGACAGCGCGUCGGCUCGCUUGCCGCUGUCAACGCCGAGUCUCUGAGCCAACAUAGCAUGAAGGCACCGACGGUUCAGACUGGCUCGACAGGUUCAAAGGAGCUGCCAAUCCACCCUCCGCGCAAGUCGUCGGGCGCCGCAGCAGAUCUCGACCCUUAUUCGGCUUCGCACAUCUACUAUGGUGCCUCGCACAACAAGAGAAAUGUGGCCAAGGCCCGCACCUACUCGGCUGUCGACCCCGGAGCUCGCGCAAACAUUGCUCAGCAAAUGGCAAAUGUGGCCCCUCGCCGCUUGAGUCACGACGAGCAAGGAGACCAGCCCCGCCGCUACCUCAUCAACGUCGCCGAUACCCUUGAAGCUCUUCUGCACCGUGAAGACUCGGACAACAACCAGCAAAUUACUGUUGAGGAUGUCGGUCCCAAGACAAUUCAAUUGGGAACUGCUGGAUCAGGAGGUUACAAGAGCUUUGACAUUCGUGGCACAUACAUGCUUUCCAACCUGCUGCAAGAACUCACCUUGGCCAAGGAGCACGGUCGUAAGCAGAUUGUUCUGGACGAGGCCCGUCUCAGCGAGAACCCUGUCAGCAGGUUGAGCCGCCUUAUCAAGGACUUCUUCUGGCCCAAUCUGACCCGUCGUAUUGAUGGCUCGAACAUUGCUCAAGUCGGCAAGGAUGCCAAGGACUGGACCGACAACCCUCGCCCUCGUAUCUACGUCCCUCUUGGCGCUCCCGAACAACACCAGUACUACAGCCGCAUCGCCCGCGAACAUCCUGAUAUGAACUUGGACGUCGUGUGGCUUCCUCAACACCCCGACAACGAGGAGUACGUCCGUGACCUGAACGAGGCUCCCGGUCUCUUGGCUCUCGAGAUGGAAAGAGUUGCAGACACUCCUUCUGGCGAGCCUGACUUCAAGGGUUUGCCUUUCAUCGUUCCCGGUGGCCGCUUCAACGAGCUUUACGGAUGGGACAGUUACAUGACUGCUCUCGGUCUGCUCAUCCACGACCGUGAAGAUCUCGCCAAGAACAUGGUCAAGCACUUCUGCUUUGAGAUCAAGCACUACGGCAAGAUCCUCAACGCAAACAGAUCCUACUACCUUUGCCGCACUCAGCCUCCUUUCCUGACCGACAUGGCUCUUCGCGUCUACGACCGUAUCAAGGAGCAGCCAGACGCACGUGAGUUCCUCAAGAUCUCAAUCCUUGCCGCCAUCAAGGAGUACCACAGUGUCUGGACUGCCGCUCCUCGUUUCGACCAGAAGACUGGUCUUUCAUGCUACAGACCUGGUGGUCUUGGUGUUCCACCCGAGACUGAAGCCACUCACUUCGUCCAUGUCCUUGAGCCUUACUGCAAGAAGCACAACAUGGAGUUCAAGGAGUUUGUCCACGCUUAUAACUACGGCCAUGUCUACGAGCCCGAACUUGACCAGUACUUCCUUCACGAUCGCGCUGUUCGUGAGUCUGGUCACGACACUUCUUACCGUCUCGAAGGCAACGCCGCCCAUCUCGCAACCGUCGAUCUCAACUCUUUGCUUUACAAGUACGAGACUGAUAUUGCUCGUACUAUCCGCAACUACUUUGGUGACAGCCUGGCUGUUCCUGCCGAGUUCUGCGUUGGUGACCAGAAGCCUGGCCAUGUCGAGACGUCAGCCACCUGGGACCGCCGUGCCAAGCGUCGCAAGCAGACCAUGGACAAGCUCAUGUGGGAUGAGGAGAAGGGCAUGUUCUUUGAUUACGAUAUUGUCAAGAAUCAGCACACCGGAUACGAGUCCGCCACAACCUUCUGGGCCAUGUGGGCAGGUGCUUGCACUCCUCGUCAAGCUGCCAUGCUUGUUGAGAAGGCUCUCCCUCUAUUCGAAGAGCUCGGUGGUCUUGCUGCUGGAACUGAGAGAUCCCGUGGUAAGGUUGGUCUCAGCCGCCCCAACCGUCAAUGGGAUUAUCCCUUCGGAUGGGCACCUCAGCAGAUCCUCGCCUGGACCGGUCUUGUCAGAUUCGGCUACGAGGAUGAAGCCAAGAGAUUGGCUUACCGCUGGGUGUACAUGGUCACCAAGGCUUUCGUUGACUUCAACGGUGUCGUUGUUGAAAAGUACGAUGUCUGCCACCCUCAGCAUCCUCACAAGGUUGCUGCAGAGUACGGUAACCAAGGAAGUGACUUCAAGGGUGUUGCAAAGGAAGGAUUCGGAUGGGUCAAUGCCAGUUACGUCUAUGGUGUUGCUCUGCUCGAUGCUCACCAGCGUCGUGCAGUCGGCGCCUUGACUCCUUGGGAGACUUAUCAGAAGGCCACCGCCCAGCAUUGAGCGUCAUGAAGAUGUUCGAUACAUCAUCCACGAAGUGCCCGACCAGCGACGAUUGAUGAAACACGAGAUGUAAUCACACGAGAAGAAGAGGGUAGCACGCCCAUGGCAUAAAGAGAGGAGGACGAGAAGCAACCUACAUAUUCAAGGGUUUGAGAAAGCAUGCCUUGGAUCCACUUUUAUACAUAUGAGAACAAGACCCGCAGAGGGUUCAGGGUAUUACUGAAAGUUGAUGCAACACAGCGGUUGCCAGCUUUGGAGGUUUGCCUAUAUUCGAUACCUAGAAAAUUCACCUUCUAUUGAAAUUACUUGACACCUG